ACGCCAGUGGUAGAACCAAGCAGCGGAUCGGAAGGUGCAGAUCACGAUCUGCACGACUCGACGGCCGGCGUCAAGGGCCUGGAUUUGGACGUGGCCAUCACGAAGUCGCUGGACAGUAUUGCGGUGCCGGUCUCGAACAAGCAGAGUGACGUGGUGGGGAUUCCGAUCGGGCGAAGGCACAGGAGGAGCGCGAUGCAGUCGCGGACGCUGUCGGUGGUGUCGCUCUUGUCGAAGAGCGGCAAGGAGCGCCUCAGGCUGAACAGGAAUCAGAAACUGACUCUCUUCUGCCUGUGUCUGGUGAACUUCACGAGCUACCUCAGCUACUCUGUGAUUGCGCCAUUUUACCCACAAGAGGCAACUAGAAAAGGAAUGCGUGAAGCUGUGUCCGGUUUUGUGUUCAGCGUCUACGCCCUCACGAUGAUGAUCUUUUCGCCAAUCUUUGGAAAGCUGGUUCCCAUCCUCGGAACAAGGUUCAUCUUUUUCAAUGGCAUUUUCUUUGCAGGCGCAUCCAACAUUCUCUUUGGGCUGCUCGACAUGGCGGAGAGCACCCUCACCUUCACCCUCCUCUCCUUCCUCGUGCGGAUAUUCGAGGCUCUUGGGGCGUCCGCCUUCAGCACCGCAUCUUACGCCAUCGUGCUCAACCUCUACCCGCAACACAUCAGCACCGUGUUUGGAAUUAUCGAGACGUGUGUGGGUGUAGGGAUGAGCCUGGGUCCUGCCAUUGGUGGUGCCCUCUACAGCGUGGGCGGCUUUGGCCUUCCCUUCUUCAUCCUCGGUUGCUGUGUCCUGUUGACGCUGCCCAUAAGCUGGUACCUGAUGAGAGGCAUUCAAGUUCAGGCAACGGAAAUUAGGAAGGAGUCGUACCUGACACUCCUCCGAGUUCCUCAGGUGAUUGUCGUCUGCGUCAUCCUGGUCGUUGGGUCACAGUCCCUGGGUUUCGUGGAACCCACGCUGGAACCUCACAUGCGCCGGGAAUUCAAUGCCGACACCACCAUCGUGGGCACUUUCUUCCUGGUCUCAUCGGCCGCCUUUGCAAUCUGCUCUCCACUGGUCGGUUAUGUCUGCAUGAAAACGGAGCAACGUAUUCCCAUCAUGAUCAUUGGGUUGAUCAUCAUGGCAGCUGCUCAGCUCUUCAUGGGACCUGCCCCUUUUCUUGGCAUUCCAAGCAACCUGUGGGGGACAUUGGCGACAUUGGCAGCCCUGGGCAUUUCAUUUGCUAUUGCCUAUGUGCCUACAAUGGAAAGCAUCAUUCGCGCAGCUACGGACGGUGGCAUGGAGGAGGAUAUUGGAACUUACGCGCUCGUGUCCGGCCUCUGGAACUCCAUGUAUUCCCUCGGAGAGGUGAUUGGUCCAUCAUUUGGGGGUGUGCUCUUGGACCUGAUUGGCUUUCCGUGGGCCAGCUCUAUCAUGGCGGCAGGUUCCCUUCUUACGGCCCUGAUGGCUACGCUGUACUGGUGCUGCGCGUCACGCAACGAGUCCGAGUCCUUCUGGAGUCGAAGGCGCCGGAUUUCGGACAGUGGCAUCGAAGACAGCCUGGAGGCCGAAAUUGCCGGAGAAACCACGGCCCUCCUGGGAAGCAAAAAGCACGACGUCCGCUACAACUCUCUCUGAAGAUGCUCAAGGUCACGUUAUGCAGUGGAGAUGUCUCGAUGUCUUAUUGCUUCGGCGAUGUUUUUGGGGAAUCCGACGCUAACCAGACUCGCCCCCCUGUAGCGUGCCACGUGGGUCCUGCACGGAUCCCGAAGGUACCCAGAUAGCCCUAUGCAAAGGUGGCACGAGCCAUGCAUCUUGCACCACCUGGGCAGUUGUCAUACUUAUCACGUGGCAAUUGCCUUUUCCGCACGUACCGCGGCGAUUUCAGGCCAUAAGCUCAAUUUUGUUUUUCCUAAUCUGUUUCUGUGUUUUGUAUUGUUGUUGCAGUGUGGCCCGCCAAAUAUAUAGAACUUUUUGUAAGGUAUUGUUACAAAGAUUUUGAAUGUAUAUUUAAAUUUUUGUUGCAUAAUAUAUGAAUAGGUGUGGAGUCGGCUCUAAAAAGAUUAGUUCAAGUUACCGACUGCCAGAGCAGUUGUUGCGAAUACACCAAAGCCUGGAUUGGCGUGAAUUAUCAUUUGCAAAAAAAAUUGUAUUUUGAUGAAUAGCUUGCUUUUGAGGGCAACAGAUCACACGCAAGAUGGCCCUUCUUGUUAUAAUAGAUGAGGUGUUCCCAGUGAUAUAUGUUUUAUUUUUGUUUCUGAAUAUUACGUAAAUGUUUUGUUGGUUGCUCUUGUAGACAUGACCUGUUUGCUGACAAUGUGAAUUUGCACGUAGAAAUCAGGAAAUCCAUACCGUUCGUCUCUCAGCCUUCCCUGUUCAGCAUAUUAAAAACUGUCAGUGACAUUGAAACACUGAACUAUACAAAGAAGAUAUUACCGCUCCCAACAACAAAGCAUAAAAAGGACCCAUGUGCACAAUCACGCAUAACCAUGAAAUGUCCAAUACGAACUGCGGCGUUUCAAAAGCACACUUUGGGAAUGACUGCCAUUUGUUGACUUCCACUGUGCUGCAAAGGUGGCACCCGCCAGGCAUUCGCUCUCGUGGGCCCGCGAAAGGCUCUGGUAUCUUUUACACCGGGCUGGUGGAAGGCCUAUGAAUUGUUUUUACUGGGCCAGCAAAAUGCCAGGCAAUCACUUUCAUUGGGCCUGUGAAAGGCCUUGCACUCCCUUUUGUGGGCCGGUAAAAAGGCCUGUCAAUCCCUUUCCCUGGGCCAGCAAAAGGCCUGGCAAUUCAUUUCGCUGGGCCUGUGAAAAGCCUUGCAAUUUCUCUUGUGAGCCUGUGAAAGGCUCUUCAAUCCCUUAUGCCAGGACAGUGGUUGGCAGCCUUUUGCUGGCCUGGCAUUCACUUACUUGUGCCAAUCUCUUUUAGUGCUGACUGUUCAAAUUUUAUGCAUGUUUUUAAGAAAGCAUUCAUUUGGGUUUGAGGCCAUAUCUGGAGGUAGCUAUCACGAAUUAAUGAGCCUGAAAUUACCACGAAAACAAUGUGUCGUCUUGGCUAGUGUUUUUAUAGCAAUAGCAUUCUGCGUACUUCCUUUGAGAUCAGAAAUGCACAAGGCUCAUUUGCCUUCAUAUGUUUCUUGAUGAGGCUGGAUAGGUCUAAUCGCGAGCGGUAUGGCUGCUCUUACAAGAGGUUGAUACAUAGAUUGUAAUUUUGAGUAUGAAAUAAAAUAGAAAGUUUUCAGCACUACUGAUUGAGCCUCGCUCACAUUAUAUGUGAUCUCGUCUGAGUCAUUUUUUGUCUGUUUACAUUUAUCUUUCAAUCAUAUCUGUGGUACUCAGGGCUGUGUUGUAAUUGAAAGCAUGAUAAUAAAGUGGCGCUAAUGA